UGCAAGAUUGGCAUCUUCAUUUAUGGCAGUUGGAUAGGAGGAAAGCUUGCACUUCUCUUUGGAGCAUUUCUUUGCUCGAGUUACGCUUAUGAGGUCUCAGUGUCCUGUAUGAUAGCUUAUGAUGAGGGUGGUGCUUCAGCAGUUUUUGACUCACCCGAAUGUCCUAUGUGGGAAUUUUCUGCUGCUAUUCAAAAUGGAACAGAUAACUGCCCUGUAGCUACGCAUCGGGGGCGUAGGAAAUACCAAGAAGACCGUAUUAUUUGCUAUCCUCAUGUUACUGUUCCCGUUUUAGGUGAAGAUGAUCCUAACGAAGCUGGUGUGGGUAUAGCGGCAGUUUUUGAUGGACAUGGAGGCAAGGAAGCAAGUGAAAUGGCUUCUCAAAAGUUUUUAGAUUACUUUUUACUGCAUGUUGUUUUCAAUACAUACAAGAAGCUCUUUUCACACAGUAAUGAGCAUGAAGAAGCAGGUCAUUAUAGCUUGAAAUUGAAAGUUGAUGAGGAAUUGACACAUGGCAUCCUAGAGAAAGCCCUCUUGAGAACAAUCCAAGAUAUAGAUUCAGAAUUUUCACAGGAAGCUUUGAACAAUGACUACAUAUCUGGAUCAACUGCAACAGUUGUUCUUUGGAUGAAUGGGCAGAUAUUAGUUGGUAAUCUGGGGGACUCGAAAGCACUCUUAUGCUCAAGGAGAACUCAUUUUGAUCAGGACAGUGAAGGUUUAAAAUCUUCCAACUAUUGUUCACUAAAACUGGAUGAUGAAAAGGCUAGAAUUGAAGCAGCUGGUGGGGUUGUCCUUGUUAUUGGCGUACCUCGUGUCAAUGGUAUAUUGGCUGUCUCACGGUCUAUAGGAGAUAUUCGUUUGAAAAGGUAUGGAGUUAUUGCUAAACCAGAACUCACGGAUUGGAGACAUAUGACGACUGAAGACUGCUAUUUGGUGAUAGGAUCUGAUGGCAUAUUUGAGAGAAUGAAUCCCCAGGAUGUCUGUGAUAUUUUACAUGGAGGACAUGCUAAAGAGAACGAGACAUCCAUUGACUCAUCCUUCUGUCCAUCAUCAUCCUCUUUAGCCGACUGCAUUGUCCAAAAUGCAUUUAGUAAAGGUAGCAGUGAUAACUUGUCUGUUGUUGUGAUUCCAAUGAGACAAGAUCCACCUUCACUUGAACACAAAGAACAGACAUGAACUCUUUUCUACAUUCAAGUAUUCUUUGCAAGUUGCAAAGAAGGUUGACCAAUGACUUACUACUAACUUGAAAAUAGAAGUGUCCUGCUAAGUGGCAUGUUCGUAUUUGCUUUUCCCAAAUAAUUUUUUCUGUUCUAGUCAUAUGGAGGAUUUUUCGAAGGUGUAUCCCCUGCCCUUAUGGGAAAAGAACUUUUAAUGGAAAUACUUGAAGGUAAAACUGCAAUGUGAUAUGAAUUUGAGUGUUGAUCACUUUGA